AUGCCGAUGUACCAACUGACUCCAACUUUCCCAGCGAAUUUUGACGUUACCCCAAAGGAAGUCAUUUAUAGAGUUGCCUCGUACCACGAAAGCACAGUUCAAGCUCAGCAAAAUGGCCAAGUCCAAGUUUGUCUUUCUUUUUUAUCAUCUCACACUGUGAAUUUUCAGCAGGAAACAGACCCCCGAAAGGUCUUGGAGCAAAAACAGCUGGAACUAAUUGAGACACUCAAAGCUCAAACCGACUCGCUCAACAAACUGCUUGUAUCCCUUGCAAAGGUUACGGGAGAAGACAAAAAGGCUACUCCUGCCAAAAAAGAACAGUCUGUUCCUGCUGCCGUUGCUCCAGCCAGUGCCGACACGACCGGAAAAGACGGAAAAAAAGACAAGGAUGCGAAGAAAGAAGCCAGAAAGGCAGCGAAGGCCGAAGCGGUGAAAAAGUUGGCCUCUGGGGAGGCACCAAUUCCGAAAGGAAAGACCCCAAACGUUGAAUCUAACGGAUGGACUGUAGAAGACGACCGGAAGACGUGGGAGGACAAACUGUCUCUGACCGUCAACAUUCCAACCAGCCUUGUCUCGUAUCCGCAGGAGCACCUCGGACAGGCGACUCUGACUGUAACCGCCGCCGAUCAGCAGUGGGUGGCUAUUCUGGCGAAAUCGGGUGAAAAGAGACAGGUCGCGUUCACGGGAGAUGUCAGCAACAAGGCUAAUGAUGCUAAAACGACAAUUAAGGUUACGAAAGGUUUGCUAAUUGUCUAAUUCAAUAUUAAAACGUAUGUUUCAGGAUCAAAGACGACUCUUGCAUUCGCAAAAACGACGGCGACUUCUCUGCAAACCAUCUGGAAACUUCUUGGUGCCGCCCUCGGUCUUUUCUCGAGAAAGUCUCAGCAGGUGCUGAGUGCCAGCCACCAGGCUCUCUGGCUCAACCAGGUGAUAUCGAAACAUGGAAUGACUUAUUUAACAUUGGUUAUUGAACAGGCUGAACAAAUUGUUCACGGAUCGGGAGAUCUUUCAUACGCCACGCGUCAAGCUUCUCAAUUCUUAGCUCGUUUCGAUUCUCUCAGCUCGCAGUGGGAAGUUUCGGUUGCCGACGUCAUCUUCAGAAGCCUCUUGAAUCUGGCCGAAGCCCACCCGAAUAACGUUGAAAUCUGGGCAAAGAAGAUUGAUAAAUUGCUAGCCUAA